AGUAAAAGCAUAGUUGCUCAUAGCAUGACACAAGUGAUCCCUCGCACAACAUACACUGACAUCUUAAACUGCAGUCUACAAUCACAAUUGCAGCAACAUCAAAGUUUUUGCAGUGUCCACAACUACACAACCUAAAAAACCUUAGAUUAUUCAUCACAUGGGAAACAGUCCUCCUUACGUUGUCCAACUGGGAAAUUUCGCUUCCAUCAACAUCUUAGAAGGGCAGGCAAACGGUGAACACUAUGAGAUGCGGAGCGUGUCAUUCCGUGCUGAUGAGAGAAUUGCAGAAGUUUCAAUCAAGGUCCUCAAAGGACCAGACAAGAGACCCAACGGCAAGUUCCUCAUCUCAAUCACAGACAGUGACAAAGCAAAUGUUAUAUCCUUCCGCUUCUGGCCUUACAGGUUUGAAAUGAUGGUGGAAAAAGAAGAAGGAAAUCAUGUCAAGGUGAAUUACGCCAAGACAAAAGUUGUUCAUGAUAAGGACUACAUGAUAUGGCUAACAACACUUGCUAGGGUAGGAAUCACGUUUCCGCGUCUAAAUAUCUACGAGAAGGAUGCUACCAAGAAUAGGAAGAUGACAACCACCCCAGACGGUGGCAUUAUUGAGACGGCCCUCAACCCUUAUAGGGUCGUGGGCCGUGACAGGCAAAAGGGUCUGGUGGUGAUCGAGUGGAAGAAGAAGGUGUGGAAUCAGAACCCAUACGAGGUUGUUGUUUCACACUACUUUGCAAGCUUGCAAGGAAACAAUACCGGAUUCUCCGUGGUGGCGAGGAUUCGAGGGGAAGAUGGACCUGGAGCUUUGAAACUGGAGGGACCGGUUUUUCACCCCGCCACUGCGUUGUUUGAGAUGUUUGAUAAUGUUUUGAGAAGUGGAAGCUGGACGCCAAACGCGUGCCCUCACUGUGCUGCUUGUAACAACAACAAUGCUGCUACCAAACAAAGUGAAGUUACAACAAUGUCACCGAAUAAUGGUGAAAGUAGCAAGAGAAACCAACAAGUGUUUCCUCCAAAUCAAAGUCAAGUUACCAUUUCACCUAAUGGUGAAAGCAGAAAGCAAGACCAACAAGUGUUUCCUCCCAAUCAAAGCCCAGUUAUCACCAUGUCGCAACCCAGAAAUGGUGAAAAAACCAGGCCAAACCAACAAUGGUUUAGUAGCCUUCUUGAAUGAUUAAUAUAAUAACCAUACCUUAAUGAACAACAUGGUCCUUGGACGUAUAAUAAAUAAAGCAUGUUAUAGAUCGAAGUUAUGCAUGCAGUUUUAUUAGCUUAGUGCUGUUGUCCUGUAGAAAAGAGAACUUAGGUUUGCUUCCCUGUUUGCAAUAAUUACAGCAACCAAUGAAAUGGUGAUCUUAAUUGACUUUGUUAAUUAAGUACACUACCAAAUAGGUAGUUUACGGGUACAUCGUUUGUAACAUGUAAGUAUUAAUUGAUAUGUAACUAUAUGUAGUAAGAUUUGUAGCUUGGUUUU